ACAAAGUUCAUAGACCGAUCAGGCAGGUCCAGCACCAGCAGACACCACAGCCCUUCCACAACUGGGCAUGAUGAUCACUACAAACGUUUAAGAGUUCGACUUUUCCAAACAGGGUGGAUGGAGCAAGUCCAGUUGGAAAGCAUCAGAGAUUCCUUUACGACUCGACACCUACAGUAACGACACGUAGAUCUACUGUUCCGUUCUCAGGAAAGACUGACGUUUUCAUGCUUGGACUCAAGCUGUUUUAUUUCCCCUCCGAGCUCCAGACUGCCUUGUCGCCGCUCUGUCGGACCGAGGAGCGGAUUCCCAAACACCAUCUUUGUUUUUCCUCGCAUCGAUUGUGCUGCGGCAGAAAUGGAGGACCACAGCCGAGUGAUGGAGGCGUUGAGCGGCCACACUAUGGCCGGACUGCCGCUCACUCACAUCCAGGACCCGAGCGACGACUCCGCAGGGAAACAAGAUCUCGGGACUAUAUUGUUUCAGAUCAUGACCAUCACCGACCAGAGUCUGGAUGAAGCCCAGGCAAAGAAGCACGGACUGAACUGUCACAGGAUGAAGCCAGCGCUCUUCAGUGUUCUCUGUGAAAUAAAAGAGAGGACAGGCCUGAGUAUCCGUGGUGACCAGGACAUUGAGCCCCCUGAUGCCCAGCUGAUGAGACUGGAUAAUAUGCUUCUGGCAGAAGGUGUUGCUGGUCCAGAAAAGGGAGCUGGAGCAGCUGCAGCCGCAGUCACGGGUGUGAAUGACAACUCCAUUGAACACUCUGACUACAGAGCAAAGCUCACACAGAUCAGACAGAUCUACCACUCGGAGCUAGAGAAGUACGAGCAGGCGUGCAGUGAGUUUACCAACCAUGUGAUGAACCUGCUGAGAGAGCAGUCACGGACGCGACCCGUCUCUCCUAAAGAGAUCAGCCGCAUGGUGGGAAUCAUCCACAGCAAAUUCAGCUCCAUCCAGAUCCAGCUGAAACAGAGCACCUGUGAGGCGGUCAUGAUUCUGCGCUCCAGGUUUCUGGACGCAAGGCGAAAGAGGCGCAACUUCAGCAAACAAGCCACAGAAAUACUAAAUGAGUAUUUUUAUUCACACCUGAGCAACCCUUAUCCUAGUGAGGAGGCCAAAGAAGAGCUGGCCAAAAAGUGCAGUAUUUCAGUCUCACAGGCAGGGGGAAGCUCCAUCACAGUGUCACAGGUGUCAAACUGGUUUGGAAAUAAAAGAAUUCGCUACAAGAAGAACAUUGGGCGAUUCCAGGAAGAGGCCAACCUGUAUGCAGCGAAGACAGCGGUGACGGCUGCAGCAGCCCACUGCAGCCCAGACAAGUCUCCCAGCUCACCCAGCUCAGAUUUCCAGCUGAAAGAUGAGGAAUUUCAGCUUGAUGUUGUCGACAGCAAAAACUCUCUUCUAACCAGCAUGUUCACAGGUGGAUUUCAUACUCCCAGCUUCCAGUCAGACAGGAUACAGUGAUGGACACUUUCCUCUGAUACACCUUUCCCAACCUCAUUGUUGAGCUUGCUGGAGGAUCCGCACAGUCUCCAUUGUCAUGUCAACCUGGUGAAACCACAAAGAGAGUUGCUGGAUAUGUUCCACUAUCACUCUGCAAAUAGUGUAUGAUAAAGGAGCAGCAAAGAUGUUUUCAUUAGGGCUGUCAUUAGAUUAAACAUUUUCAUAAUAAUUAAUCGCACUAAAGCUGAGUUAACUCAUAAGUGAAUGGCAAGUAAAUUCCACAUUUUGUGUCUGUUCUACACCUUGUUCUACAACUUCAAGGAAGGAUUUUAUCAGCACAAGACUGACCUAUAAUGCUUACAACGUUAUGCUUCUAACGUGAUUUUGAGCCGUUUCACUGCCUGUGAGGUACUAAGGAAAGAGUUCCAGAAAGAGCCGCGGCGUGUUUUUGUUCCAACCCAUCUAGUACAUACAUCUUCACCAAUCCGUUAUCAGCUGAAACUAGGAGCAGAAAACAUUAUUGGCAACUACUGUGGUGAUAGAACUGAUUCAAAAUGUGAGAUUCAUUUGCGACUUAUCGCGAGUUAACUCAGCUUUAGGGUGAGACAUAAGAUUACAAAGUUUAAUCUAUUUACAGCCCUAGUUUUUAAUCCAAAGAAAGUGUACAUCCAUUGACAUGACUGACCGUCUGAAUCUGUUCAUGCCAUUGCUCUUGUUUUUGUUUGGCAAAUAUUCUGUACUGUCUGAUUGGUGUCUGUCGGUUUGAUUGAUUCAACUGAAAUGGCACAUGAUUUAGACCACUGCUUCACAGUGAACUUCCGUACUCAAUGGCAGCUUGGCAGUGACUUGAAAUGGUACCGACAACAACAACACUUCCAUUCGACCCCGUUUUCCUUCUCCGCUUUUAUUUCAAUUCCUUUUUUUGUUGCCUUUGGACUAAUACAGGACAUCUAAUCUAAUCUAAUCAGCAUUCAUAUUUUUGUGGGUUUUGGACUGUGUCAAUGCAAAUUUUAUACCCGUUUAUUGCAAGGUUUAUACUUGAACAUGUAUACAUAGGAAACAAUAACUUUUUCUUUAUUUGCCCUUUUGACAAAUGUUUUGUAAAAAAAAAACAGUUGACAUCUGUAUUGAGAAAAUUGUGUGUA